AUGGCUGCUACAACUGCUGUAUAUCAACUAGAAACAUCGGAGGCAGGAUCGCAAUCCUCACAAUCAUAUCAGUCAGCUUGGACAGAAUUAAAAUUUCUGCUGGACGUACUUCAACGUACUGCCGCGGCUAUGCCUGGUCUGGAUCGAAGCAUUGAGAUCAUCCGAGCGCGGAUCAAAAGGAUUCUUGACCGCCAAGUCUCCAGCCAACUCGAUUCACUAUUCCCUGGUCAAAAGUCAAAAGACUUUGACUAUGCGCGGCCUGCAAAUGACAUUCCCCGAGCACAUACCAAAGGCGAAAGGGCCUCCAGUGCAAUCUCCACUGAUCCACCUGUUUACGAAUGGGGGAAUAAUAUGGGCACUGCAACGGACGAAGAUCUCUGGCUUCCAGCAUUCCCCGCCCAGGACAUUUCUUACGGACCGGAAGUGAUGCUCGACGUACAGGACACGUUGAGCCCUCAAACGAGAUCGACUCUCAUGGGUUCAAAUCUUGAUCCUCAGCUUCGGCUGAAUAUUUCAAUACCUGCCGAACAUACGAUGGGCUACGGUCCUUUCCCCAAUUCUUUGCUUGGCCAAUUGCCAGACGCUACAGUGGAAGGCGCCGACACCACGUAUCAAACUAUCUGA